UCCAGCGGCUACAGCACUCUUCUUCGUAAUCUUAUUUACUUUUAACAGAAGAAACUAUACACUCAUUUGGAAAGGAAAAACACAAAACGACAAGGACAUUGAACUAUUCUUGAAGAACCAUGGGGAUCGUGCGCCAAGAAGAUACAAAUACUCAGAUCUCAAGAAGAUGACCAAUUCAUUCCAUGACAAGUUAGGAGAAGGGGGCUUCUCUAUUGUCUAUAGAGGAAAGCUCCCAAAUGACGGUCUUGUAGCGGUAAAAAUUUUGAAAGAAUCAAAAGGUAGUGGAGAAGAGUUCAUCAAUGAGGUUGCAAGUAUUAGCACAACAUCCCACGUUAACAUUGUCACUCUCCUCGGAUUUUGCUUCGAGGGUUCCAAAAGAGCUCUCAUUUAUGAUUUCAUGCCAAACGGAUCUCUUGACAGGUUCAUAAGCAAUAAUAAUUCCUUACCAAAAGAUCAAUUAGGAUGGGGAAAGUUGUUAGAUAUUGCAGUUGGCAUUGCUCGGGGAAUAGAAUAUUUGCAUCAAGGUUGUAACACACGAAUUUUGCACUUUGACAUAAAGCCUCACAAUAUUCUUCUAGAUAAAGACUUCAAUCCUAAGAUCUCGGAUUUUGGCCUGGCUAAAAUUUCCCCCAAUAGAUCCAGUACAGUGUCAAUGUUAGGAGUGAGGGGGACAAUAGGGUAUAUAGCUCCAGAAUUAGCUUAUAGAGCCCUUGGAGAAGUUUCCUACAAAUCAGAUGUCUAUAGCUAUGGGAUGAUGGUUCUGGAAAUGGUUGGUGAGACGAAAAAUACUGAUACCAACGCUGAUGAUUCAAGUGAAAUAUAUUUUCCUGACUGGGUAUAUCACCACCUCGCACAAAAUGCUCAACUUGAUCUCAAUUGCAACGUGAAUGAAGAUGAACAUUUGAUGAUAAGGAAAAUGAUAAUUGUUGGCUUAUGGUGCAUACAGACUAAUCCUAGAAUGAGGCCAUCAAUGACAAGAGUGUUAGAAAUGUUGGAAGGGAACAUAGAAUCCUUGCAAAUCCCGCCUAACCUGCACAUUGCUUCACCACAUCUAUCAGCAGCAAAUCCUUCAACUUCCGAGUUAGCUCUCUGACGUUAAUGAAUUUUAAAAGGUAUGUCGUGAUGUGGACCAAGCAUAUAAAAAGUAAUUGUAAUUUGGAAGUUGUUAAUUUCUUUGUUGAAUCUCUUGAUUCAAUGUUAAAUAUCAGACAGUAGUAGAACUAAACUGGAACCUGAUUUUAAAUAUGUCCAUUACCCUUUGUUACAAUAGAAAGAAUAUGC